CAGGUUUGUUUUUUUGCUUUGCACUGUGGUUUUGGCCUUGGAGCCUGAGCUGUCCCUGAGCAGGCGAUGGCCACACACUGUGAUGAUGGAAGUUCUGCUGCAUCUUCAUGAGAGCAUCAUGUCAUUUGCGGCAGAGCUGGAUUCAGAGCCCAGCUUUGAGCCCCUCACUCAGGGUGCAGCCCUACUGCCCUUGCCCCCGAACUUAUUCCGGAACAGGCAAGUUUGGAGGCUGGUCACCAGUUCUGACUGGUGGGACCGGCUUGUUAUGCAGCAAUGGGUCGACGACCAGUGGCUCUGAAACUUCCGCAUGCGGAAGUCCACCUUCCAGGAGCUCUCUGCCUGGUUUGCUCCUGCCCUGCAAUGCUAGGACACCUGCUUGUGGGACACCAUCCCCCGGAGAAGCGCGUUGCUAUUGCUCUGCGGAAGCUGGCCAUCCCCAAUAGCUACCGCUCUGUGGGACAUCAGUUUGGCGUGGGGAGGUCUACCGUCAGAGCUGUCUUGAUGGAGGUGGUGAUGGCCAUCAAUUCGGAGCUGCUUCACAGGACUGUCUGCCUCGGAGACCUGCCUACCAUCUUAGUCGGAUUUGCGGGGCUGGGGUUUCCGAACUGCAGUGGAGCACUUGACAGGACUCACAUCCUGAUCCACGCACCACCCUGUCAAGCAGCACAGUAUAUUAAUAGAAAGGGCUACUUUUCGAUAGUGCUGCAGGCUCUGGUCGACCACCUGGGACAAUUCACAGACAUUUGUGUUGGGUGGGCAGGCCAGGCACACGAUGCCCACAUAUUCCAGAACCUGUACCGCAGGCUGCAGGCUGGAGCAUUCUUUCCAGAGAGGAACUAUGCAGUCGGGGAUGUGCAGAUGCCUACGUGCAUCGUGGCCAAUGCGGCGUACCCCCUUAUGCCCCAGCUCAUGAAGCCCUACACCGGCCACCUGGAUUCAAGCAGGGAACUGUUUAACUCCCACCUGAAUCAGGCUCACUUCCAGGUAGGGUGUGCCUUCGGCCAUCUGAAAGGCAGAUUUAGAUGCCUGCUCACUCGACUGGUCAUGGGGGAACAUAACAUCCCCAAUGUGGUUGCAGCAUGUUGUGUGCUGCACAAUGUAGUGGAGAGGUAAGGGGAGGCCUUCCUCCCUGUAUGGGGGACACAGGCUGAUGUGGAGGGGAGGCACUUUGAGCAGCCCCAGAGAGCUGCAAUCUGGCAAGCCCACCAGCUGGGCUUGCGCAUUUGAGAAGCCGUGAGGGAGCAGUUCUCCCAAGGAGGCCGAUGAUUUUCCCCAGGGCCUUCCAAAUGUGGGAUUGCUCCAUGCCCCCAGUGCCUUCCUCCCCAAAACCCCUCCUGGCUCCACAUUCACACGUACUCAUUCAUCACACACUGAGA